GUUACAUCGAAAAUCUCGCCACGGCCGGUGCGUUCUCGCGUCCCGCUGUUUGAGCAUCUUUUUCGCUGAGUGGUCGUAACGAAAGUCUCGUUAAUUGUCUGCGACGAGUUCGUCUCCGCGAAUUGCGGGUGCAUGAUGACGAGGAUCGCAACCGUUCGUCAAGGGUGGGUUCAGCGUGUCGGACCGCAAGAAAGGAAAUACAAUUAUUGGCCAGCGUCUGCGCUUCUAUAUUGAUCGACGGCGACGGUGGUGGCGGCGGUAGUGGCGACGUUGGUGGCUGUGCUCGCGGCGCGUCCGAGCGUUCGGGUGGGACCACAAGCACAACCCGCCCAAAAUGUAUUUUUGCCUGCGUCUCGUGCGGCUGUUCCUGAUCUCGGCGAUUCUGUGCGUCGGUCUGUGCUCUGAGGAUGAAGAAAGAUUGGUGCGUGACUUGUUCAGAGGAUACAAUAAACUCAUACGACCAGUACAGAAUAUGACCGAGAAGGUGCACGUGAGAUUCGGCCUCGCCUUCGUACAGCUGAUCAACGUGAACGAAAAAAAUCAGAUUAUGAAGUCAAACGUGUGGCUGAGAUUCGUGUGGAUGGACUAUCAGUUGCAGUGGGAUGAAGCGGAUUACGGCGGGAUCGGCGUUCUUCGUUUACCACCCGACAAAGUGUGGAAGCCAGACAUAGUGUUAUUCAAUAAUGCUGAUGGUAACUACGAAGUUCGUUACAAGAGCAAUGUGUUGAUAUAUCCAAAUGGCGAGGUACUCUGGGUACCACCAGCGAUCUAUCAGAGCUCGUGCACGAUCGACGUGACAUAUUUCCCGUUCGAUCAGCAAACGUGCAUCAUGAAGUUCGGCUCGUGGACCUUUAACGGUGAUCAGGUCUCUCUUGCGCUAUACAACGACAAGAAUUUCGUCGAUUUGUCCGACUACUGGAAGAGCGGCACGUGGGACAUCAUAAGCGUUCCAGCGUACCUUAAUACUUACCAGGGUGAUUUUCCCACGGAGACCGAUAUCACUUUUUACAUAAUUAUACGCAGAAAGACCCUGUUCUACACAGUGAACUUGAUACUGCCGACCGUACUGAUUUCUUUCCUCUGCGUACUCGUCUUCUAUCUCCCUGCGGAGGCCGGUGAGAAGGUCACUUUGGGCAUUAGCAUUCUCUUGUCUCUGGUCGUGUUUCUUCUCUUGGUCAGCAAGAUCCUGCCACCAACUUCUCUCGUAUUGCCAUUGAUUGCCAAAUAUCUGCUCUUCACCUUCAUCAUGAACACCGUCAGUAUCCUCGUGACCGUGAUCAUCAUCAAUUGGAACUUUCGUGGCCCAAGGACUCACAGGAUGCCGCAGCUCAUACGCAAGAUUUUCCUUAAAUAUCUGCCAGCGAUACUGUUCAUGAGGCGGCCGAAGAAGACACGGUUGAGAUGGAUGAUGGAGAUACCGAACGUAACACUGCCAGCUUCUACCUACUCGGGAAGCCCAACUGAGGUGCCGAAACACUUGCCAGCCUCUUUGGCGAAGUCGAAGAUGGAGGUGAUGGAACUGUCCGAUUUGCAUCAUCCGAAUUGCAAGAUUAAUCGUAAGGUGCAUCAUACCACGAGCAGCUCCAGUGGUGCUGGAGCAGGAGAAGGUAUGGGCGACAGAAGAGGUUCCGAAAGUUCGGACUCGGUGUUGCUCAGUCCAGAAGCCAGCAAGGCUACCGAAGCCGUGGAGUUCAUUGCAGAACAUCUCAGAAAUGAGGACUUGUACAUACAGACAAGGGAGGAUUGGAAAUACGUGGCAAUGGUGAUCGAUCGACUGCAACUUUACAUCUUCUUUUUAGUAACAACCGCGGGUACCGUCGGGAUUCUAAUGGACGCGCCUCACAUCUUCGAGUACGUGGACCAGGAUCGCAUUAUAGAAAUUUAUCGUGGAAAAUAAUCCGACGAUGAUCGCAACGAAACGCAAUUGCAAAUAAUGUGCCAUCGUCACGACCGUUCUCAUUUCGUCGUUUUUUAUUUCGUGUUGGUGGAUUCAAUGAUCAUGCGCGCGGAUAAUCUUGCCAUCUCUCAGUUAAAUAAACGCGUAAGGCUUUAUACUCCAGCUGUUCAACAACAAGUGAUUAUUUUUGUAUCGAUUUCUAUGAUGAAAUUGUACGCGAAGUACAAAUUUAUUUGAAGUCUUCGCUCGAGAGUCUUCUGUCGUUGUCUUUUGUCUAAGAUUGCGAAAUUCGACUGGGAAAUUUUCUCAGUGACGAAACUCGAACGAUCGAAAUGGCAUAUAUUGUGUAGAUAAUAACUCCACUAGCGUCAAUCGUGGCUGCCUCUACGAUUAUUGUCUUCCCCGAUGUCGUUAACCUUUGAUAGCUCCAUCGCGAUGCGCUUAGACAGAUUUAGAAAACAAUCAUCGACUAGCUCUUGCCUUCCCUUUUACCGAAGUGAUUGGUAUUUUCAAAAUUUUCCGGAAUAAAAGUCAUAUCGUACGCCACUUUAUUAUAUCAUGAUUUAAAGAAUUCCAAAAAUCUUGAGAAUAUGCAUUUUCAUAAAACAAUUUUAAUAGUUACGGAGGAAGUUUUGUUAGUAUCAUAUUUAAUUUAGCUUAGAAUAUUUUCUUGCUUAUAAUGUGAAAGUAUUUUAUGUAAUGAUCAUAUGAGUAUUAUUGGAAGUAUCAUACUUGCUUCUCUGAAUGUAGCUUCCAUGGAACAUACUUAAUGUUAAACGAUGAAAUCCGCUUAUGUAGCAUUGUAUGCCAUACUUAGAAAAAUAUGAAAUUCAUCAAUAGAACUUUGGCGAGAUGAUUGUAAUAUAUUAACAUAACGAUAAUACGCACAAACUUGUGUAUAAUUAACACAAUAUCGAUAAUUCUUAAUUAUAAAUAAUCCGGUAGUCUAGUAAGCUGCUAGACGAUGAAAAACGUUAUUUAUUACAAAGUAAUCCAGAUAUUUACAGGACUUCACGUUUAACAUUAAAAUCGUAUAUAUUAAUGAACUCGCGUAUCUUUUUUGAUGAUCGUGAUUUCUCAUCACGCUUGAUCUGUCGAUCGUUUUGCUAAUCAGCUACGACCAGUAUCGAUCAAAUUCAAAAUAUCAAAUUCUCAAUAAAGUACGUCUCCGCGUGAGGUAAGGUCAAAACGUUCCUUAACGCGCGUCUUCACGCGAACUCGCGGAAUCGAUUGCAAUUCAAUGGCUUAGGUAUAGACUCGAAAUAAUUUUGAUAAUAAUUGUACGAACAGCCGUUGCCGCAUUGUAAUCUAGCUGAGCUCGCAUUUGAUACUCGUCAUCAUAUACCCAUAAUAAGCAUCGACAGAAUCGGAGCAAUCGCGACAUGCUCGUCAGACAUUCCCGUUGAUGAGUUUACAGUGAUGAAUUUCAUGCGGGCAUAAAAUGCUAUAAAUUAGAUUAAUAUCUUAAUUAUAAAUAGGUCGUAUCCGCGCGACGAUCUUCGCAUUGGGAGAUCAUUGGUAUACAAGUCAUCCUCCAUUGAUAAUAAUUAUGUAAAAUAAAUAGGCAAAUCUGUUCACAAGAAUCAGUAAGGAAGAGAAAAUACUUUGGAAAAACUUAAAAGAUCGCAACCUAGUUAAUUGAAUCGAUUGUGCUGUCGUCGAUUUUAAGUAGAAAUUGUACUUUGAGAACGCAUUUGUUGACUUGCGGUGGGUCUUCCUAAGAUUACUUCAGCGAAAGUGGCUCAUAUUCAUAAUGCGUGUUUAAAUAAUAGAAUUAUUUGAGCAAUUAUUAUUGAUAUACUGUUUAUAACAUGCAACAUAUGAUGUACGAGUUUCUUUUUAAUUAUAUUCUUUAGUCUUUUUCUUUCUUCAAUCUUUUUAUAAAUUUUAUUAUUUUAUAAAUAUGUUUUAUAAAGUUAUAUAUUUCGUAAAAAACUUUUAUGUAAGGGUAGAUGAUUAUUAUUUAAUUGUUAUAACACACAUAUAAUCAUUGUAUGCAAACAUAAUUUAUAUAAUAAGUGUUUAAUAAAUGACAAGUAAAUGGAACAUAAAAAUACAUAAUCGCGUUGAGUUAAGUGCAAGAUGAGAAUAUGAGCCAAUGCGUUUCUGAUAAAUGCGCACAUUAGAAAGCAAGAUUUUAUGCAUGUCACGGAAAUGUCGUGCGUUAAUAGAACAUUAUAAUCAUCUUAUCAUAUUGUACCAUGUAUAUUGUACAAAAAGAUUGUUAAACGGUUAUGUUUUCUCAGAUAAUAAUGUUCAACGUUUAAGAAAAAGAUUACAAUCUUUGUUGUUGGAUAUCAAAGAUUUUGUUGCAAGCAGUAAAAUAUAUUGUGCAGAUUCUUGUGCAGCUGCAAUAGUUUUAUAGUAUAAAUUACAUGUUACAAUAUCUGCAAGUUUACAGCAAUUUUUCAAUAGUGCUCACUAAAUCGGCACAUGAUGAUUACAUGAUGAUUAAAGUUUUCAAUUGUCAAUUUAUAGCCUGCAUUGAAAAAUUGUUUUACAUGGUGAGGAAAGUCACUGUGCAUACAGGUAUUUUAUUCUGCUUGACUUUGUUCAAUAUUGCAGCUGUUACCAUAGUUUUUUUUACAAAAAGCUAUACCAGUUCGUUACUGUGUAGAUUGAUAAAUUGUUAUGUUUAUCUAAACAAAUAGUAAGAUAAUUCACUUACCGGAAGAUGCUUGAUAACAAUAGUAAAAGGUGGUGCAAGGUUCUUAACGGAAGAAAGUUGUAAUUACUUACAUGAAUUCCAGUAAAUUUGGAAUACAGUCUUAUUUAAUUUUUGAACAAAAUAUAUCGCUUAUAUAUAUAUAUUUUUUUUUUCUCUUGCUUUCUAUAGACUGAUCAUAAUAUUUACUCUUACGAAUUUUGAAGCAAAUUUAUAUUGUGAUAUAAUUAGUCAAAGAAAAAUUUCAUGUCCGAAGUCGAGAUUUAAUGAGACUGCUUCGUCUUUAUAUGUGUAUUAUAAUGCGUUACAAUUGUCGAUAACGCAUAAUGUGUCUUCCUCAAAGGAAAUAUUAUAAUUAGUUUAGAGACCAGGCAUGUUUCGUUCUAUUUCGAUUCACACUGUGUCAGCCGGUUUCAUGUACUUUGUGCGUGGAAUAUUACUACGAUUCAACGUAAACAACAAUAAAAAGGCAUGCACCUCAUUAUAUGUUCCAUUGUGUGUACUUCAUCUAUCGCGAAAAGGAAGAGAUGACUCGUAUUAUCGAAUGUACAUUACAUUUGUAGUUUACUUUGCGCAUAAAACAAGAAGAAUAUUGUUGAACCGAAAAGUUUGUACUUUAUUAUGCAUGAUAAAUAAUAUAGUAAUAUACUUAUACAUAUAUAUAUAUCCGUGCAUUAUUAGCAGGUAGAAGAGAACUCUAACAUAAGAGCUAAGAAUGGCUCUUUUUAUAAUGAAUAACAUCAAUAAAAUUCAUUGAAUUUCA